GCUAUCUUUGUCAAACACAUUGCGAGGGAGUAGUUUAAACGCGAAUGAGGUUAUGUUAAUCAAAAUAAGUGCAAAAAUUACGAAACAAAAUGUAAUUUUUGAGUCAAAUAACUCGAAAAAUGACCGAGGAAGACUGCGUGGCGGUCGUCAAGACGGAACAACGAGAAGAGGAGGAUCAAAAUUCAAAUUUGAGCUCCUACGAGUUCUUCAACUACACCUACAGUUACCCACUUUUCGGUGAAUUCGCAGCCAAAGUUGAAGUCGAAGACGAUACGGGCGGAGUUGAAACGGAACCGAUAACCAUCCUCGAGGAGGUACCCGAUGCGGAGCCGGUGAAUGUGGACCUUCCGAGUCGGAAGAAGGGCAGCUACUGUGUGAAACCGAAGCCGACCGGUCGUCCUUACGUCUGCACGAUCUGCCGGAAGGCUUUUGCUUACAAAAACGUGCUACGGAUACACAUUUUAGGUGUGCACACCGUCGACAAGCCGGUUAAAUGUAAAGUGUGCGGCAAAGGCUUCCCCCAGCAGUCUUAUCUAACGAUUCACAUGCGAUCUCAUACGGGGGAACGGCCGUUUAAAUGCCAACUAUGUGAUAAAGCAUUUACGAUUAAAACGAUACUUAAAAGUCACAUGCGGACUCACACAGGAGAAAAGCCAUACCAAUGCCAUUUAUGCCCGAAGGCGUACCGACAAAGUUCGGACUUGUCGAAGCACGUACGCACGCAUUCGGGCGUGAAACCCUACAACUGCCAUCUCUGCAACGGUUCCUUCAAUCACGUGUCGCACCUCAACCGUCACAUUGAGGCGAAAACGUGCGUAAUGCCGUUCAAGUGUAACCUGUGCGAGUUCAGCUCGAAGAACGCGAUCAAGCUCGAGCGGCACAUCCGCCUCCACAACGGCAAACGACCGUACAAGUGCAGCCUGUGCGAGAAGGACUUCAACUCGAGCGCGCACCUCUCGCGACAUUACGGCACGCACUCCGGCCUCAAGCCGUACAAGUGCGAGACGUGCGGCAAAGGCUUCAACCAGAACCACAACCUCAAGUCGCACGUCCGCACGCACAACGGCGAGAAGCCGCACGAGUGUCAGGUGUGCGGAAAGCGUUUCGGUCACAAGCCCGACCUCACCGUACACAUGCGGACGCACACCGGCGAGAAGCCGCACAAGUGUCUCGUGUGCGACAAGUCGUUCAAUAGCAGUCACAGCCUGACGCGGCACGUCCGCACUCACACUGGCGAGAAGCCGUACCGUUGCAUAGCGUGCUUCAAGUCGUUCGUCGACAACGCACACCUGAAUCGUCACAUGAAGAUACAUUUAAAGCUAAAGCCAUAGGCGUACACAGAGAGAGAGAAAGUGUUAUUAAUUUAUUUGUUGUUUUUAUGAAUGUGUUCAAUUGAAAUAUAUUCGAGUCCUGUAUACCAAUUUAGGUGACUCAUUCUUUUGUAACACCCUGUAUACUAAAACAAUUGCUUUGUGGUCCAAAAGACCCUUCAAAACACUUAAUGAAGCUCUAAAUUGCCCCAA